AUGCCUUCGGAACAAGGUCACAGACUCUAUGUCAAGGGUCGUCACCUGAGCUACCAGCGCUCCAAGCGCGCGGUCAACCCCAACACCAGUCUGAUCCAGAUCGACGGUGUUGACACCACCGAGGCCGCCAACUUCUACUUGGGCAAGAAGGUCGCUUUCGUCUACCGGGCCAAGCGUGAGGUUCGGGGUUCCAACAUCCGGGUGAUCUGGGGCAAGGUCACCCGCCCUCACGGCAACUCCGGUGUCGUCCGCGCUCAGUUCCGCCACAACCUCCCCCCCAAGUCCUUCGGUGCUACUGUCCGCGUCAUGCUCUACCCCUCCAACAUCUAA